GGACCGGGAAGGCAGGACGUCGGUCCUACUUAGCGUAGACUUUGAGGAAACCACCCGGGACACACACACACACACUCCGCCACCAUAGUAACUUUGUACCCCUCCUCAAAGUCUACCCCCGGUCUAAAAAUGUUGCGGGGGGUGCACAGGGUGGCGUGUCUGUCGGUUCUGGUGGCCUUAGCCGCCUGCAGCGCUCCCCUGGUUCCGUUAGACGACAUCCUGAUCGAGAAGACGUUCGAGCCCGAGCAGUGCGUCCGCGCCGUCAAGGUGGGCGACUAUGUCCGGUACCACUACAACGGCAUGUUCCCGGACGGCAAGAAGUUCGACUCCAGCUACGACCGAGGGAGCAGCUACAACGUGUUUGUGGGAAAAGGGCAGCUGAUCCAAGGCAUGGACAAAGCUCUGGUGGGAAUGUGCGUCAACGAGAGGAGGCUGGUGAAGAUCCCGCCACACCUGGCCUACGGGAAGCAAGGAUACGGCGACAUCAUCCCGGCGGACGCCAUCCUCCAUUUUGACGUCCUCCUGCUGGACGUGUGGAACCCCGAGGACGGCGUGAAGGUGGACACCUACCACACCCCCGCCACCUGCUCCAGGAAGGUGGAGGUGUCCGACUACGUACGCUACCACUACAACGGGACGCUGCUGGACGGAACGCUCUUUGACUCCAGCCACACCCGCAUGCGGACGUACGACACCUACGUGGGCAUCGGGUGGCUGAUCGCCGGCAUGGAUCAGGGCCUGCUGGGCAUGUGCGUGGGCGAGAGGCGCAUCGUCACCAUGCCUCCGUCCCUCGGAUACGGCGAAAACGGAGACGGUAGCGACAUUCCCGGCCAGGCGUCUCUGGUGUUCGACGUGGUCCUGCUGGACCUCCACAACCCCCGAGACGGCAUCGCCGUGACCAACCAGCAGGUCCCCGAGUCAUGCGGUCGCAAGACGGUGGAAGGAGACUUCGUGCGCUACCACUACAACGGUAGCCUCCUGGACGGAACCUUUUUUGACUCCAGCUAUUCUCGUAACCGCACAUACGACACCUACGUGGGGCGGGGCUACGUGAUCGCCGGCAUGGACGAAGGACUGAUUGGCGUGUGCACGGGGGAGCGGCGCACCAUCACCAUCCCUCCUCAUCUCGCCUACGGAGAGGAAGGCACAGGUUCCAAGAUCCCCGGCUCGGCCGUGCUGGUGUUCGACGUGCACAUCAUCGACUUCCACAACCCGGCCGACACGACGGAGAUGACGGUCACGCUCAAGCCGGACGUGUGCGAGAAGACGAGCAAGAAGGGCGACUUCGUCAAGUACCACUACAACGCCUCGCUGAUGGACGGCAGCGCCCUGGACUCCACCUACAACUACGAGAAGACGUACAACAUUGUCCUGGGAGCCAACCAGGUGGUCCCCGGCAUGGAGGAGGGGCUCAUUGGAAUGUGCGUGGGCGAGCGGAGGCACCUGGUCAUCCCUCCUCACCUCGGCUACGGCGAGGGAGGCGUCACCGGUGAGGUGCCGGGCAGCGCCGUGCUGGUGUUUGACGUGGAGCUGGUGGACAUGGAGGAGGGACUUCCUGAAGGCUACAUGUUCAUCUGGAACCAGGACGUGUCGGCGGACCUCUUCACCGAGAUGGACAAGGACAAGAACGAGCAGGUGGAACCUUCUGAGUUCACCGACUACAUCAUGAGGCAGGUGAGCGAGGGCAAAGGUCGCCUGGCCCCCGGCUUCGACCCCUACCGCAUCAUCGACAACAUGUUCAACAACCAGGACCGCAACGGCGACGGCCAGAUCACGGCGGCCGAGUUCCGGCUCAAAGCGGACGAAGCCGCCGCCCACGACGAGCUAUGACGGGGCUUUGGACCCAGGGUCUUCGUCUAAAG